UUCGAAGAGAAUUAAUAAUACUUCCUGUUGGUCUCCAUGUUGGAAUACUAAAUUCAUAUGUACCUGGAUGUGCAGGUAAGGCUAUGACUGCAUAUCCUUCUGUACGGUAUCUGAAAUGAUAGAACACUUAAUUUAUAAUUAAUUAAUUAUAUAAAUUACAAAUGUAAUGUUAACAAUUAAAUAAUGUUACCUCGACCAUGUAUCAAGAGAUGUGACCAACAGUAAGAAUCUAGGCCAAAAUGGUAAAGUCUUUUUUGCAGUUAAUGCAUUGUCUGAUUUAAAAUCCAGAGAUAUUUCAGUAGCAUACCCAAAAUAUGCUGAUUUAUUUUUCAAAUUACACCGCUGAGUCCUUCCAAAUAAUCUAUCACUUUGGUCGGUACUCCAAUCUUCUGGUAACUGGAUAUAAUAUGAAACGCAAAGGCCAUCGAAAAUAAAUUCGUGAGCAGACAGAAUAUCAAGUUUUACAAAAACUUUAUGUAUCUGUGGUGUAGUUAGCUCGAAACUCGGAGAUAUUUCUGCUUCUUUAUACAUUAAUCUUUCUUUACUUUCCUAUAAGAGAAAAUAUAUUAAAAAGAUUUUUAUUAUUCAAUAUCAUUGAAUGAUUCGUUGUGUUUUUCUUUAGUAAAAUGUCGAUGUAAUAGAUUUCUUUAUUAAUACAAUUAAUUUGAUUUUAAAAUAUUUUGAAUAAUGAAUACCACAGUGCGUUUGUGCGCAGAAUGUAUUCAAAUUGCUUCGGUGAGCGGAUGUAGCAUACUCUAAGGGGCAAUAUAAACAGUAUAUAACUAUGUAUGAAUACAUGGAUGCACAUGUAUGAAUCCGACAAUACAAAUACGUAGAGUGUUCAAGCAACUAUUCACCGCCACAGAUUUCAGUUGGCUGUGGGACCACAGUGUGACGGUUAGGUUAUUUCUUUCGCGUAUUCAACAUUGUUACAAACAUAUUAAUUAUUAUUGUACUUUUCAAAUAUAACAAAAAUGAACAAAUUUACUAAAAUAAACGUGGCAAUAUACAUGUUUCCUGAAUAUAUUUCAACGGGAUACAAGCUGAAGCUAACAUCGAUUUAAUGUGCAACAGGAUUUCGAAUGAUGGAAAAACGAUUAUCGGUGUCAGUGAUAAAUGUUAAUUAAAUUCAAGAAACAUGUUUUAUCCACAGAGAGUCAUGAGGCAAAUCUCCGAAAUCUCCUACGUGGGUGGUUUCAAGCUGGUCAGAAUGUCAAGCAACCAAGGGGGAGAGUCGGGAGUAACAAUUCCCUUGCAAUAUAAUAAUUCUCAUUGGAAAGCUAUAUUUGAAAAGUAUGAUCUUGACGGCGAUGGAAAGAUCUCUUAUCAAGAACUAAAAGCUAUGAUACAUAGUUCUACUUAUUCCAAUGAUAUUCCAACGAGGGUUGUCCGUACAAUUAUGCGAAAUGCGGAUUUAGAUGAUUCUGGAUAUCUAGAUUACCCAGAAUUCAUAGCUAUGAUUCAUAGAAAAGAUAUGCAGGGUGUCUUUGGUCACCUUGUACAACGAUAUGUACAUUCAAUGGUACCGCAAAGGCCGUCUGCUUUCCAAACAGCCUCCAGUGAUUAUACAGAUGGACAAUACGAAGAGGAAUAUACCUGCAAACCUCCUGCCUUGGCAAUGAUAAUUAUAUCCGUAUUGGAGAUUACUUUAUUUUUGUACGAUGUGAUCGCACACAAAUCCUUAUCCGUAGAAGGGCCAGCAGCUACUUUAUUUAUUUAUAAUCCACAUAAAAGGUUCCAAGCAUGGAGGUAUCUGACAUACAUGUUUGUGCAUGUGGGUGUAUUUCAUCUGGUGGUAAAUCUACUUGUACAGAUAAUGCUCGGUAUUCCAUUGGAAAUGGUGCAUAAAUGGUGGAGAGUAUUGACUAUUUAUAUAGCGGGUGUUGUAGCAGGAUCUCUUGGCACAUCUGUUUCUGAUCCUCGAGUAUAUUUAGCAGGUGCAUCAGGUGGUGUUUAUGCAUUAAUCACUGCUCAUGUGGCAACUAUUGUAAUGAACUGGUCACAAAUGGAAUUUGCGGUAAUGCAAUUGUUAGUAUUCCUCGUCGUGACUUCGUUUGAUAUUGGUCAAGCAAUAUACAACCGCUAUGUAUUAGAAACGCACGAUCAAGUGGGUUAUGUUGCUCAUUUUGCUGGUGCCAUUGCAGGGCUACUUGUGGGCAUAAAUGUUCUUCGUAAUCUUGAAGAACAAACAUGGGAGAAAGUUGUAUGGUGGGCUAGUAUUAUUACUUACACUGUACUUAUGACUGCCGCUAUUUUAUGGAAUAUUUUAUAUACUUCUUACUAUGAUCAAUUAUAACAUUAUACUCUCGUAUGUUCAUUUUUUUGGCAUUGCGUUUUUUGUCGAAGAUCAAAUGUGUCUUCCCGUUGAAUAAACAAACGCAAGCACAAAUUCGCCAUUAAAAUAAUUGAAGAGUCAAUUAUAGUACAUACCUUGCAUUUUUGAAUAACAUAUUCAAUAGUCAAUGCAAUUAUACCUGAUUCACAGGUGUACAAGGAGUACUAUUAUAUUACAUACUGUGAUAUAAGAUGCCUGUAUGUAACACAAAAAGUAGAUGUUAAACAUGAUAGAAAUUUUUGCACAUUCAAUAUUAAUUACAACAAAUCAAUGCAUAAAUAUGAUAGAGAGAAUUAUUUAACGAGGAACGAUUAAAGCUUAACGAAAGUGAUCAAACUUUCUCGAUUGAAGUCAAUAUUUGGGCAGCUAAAUUAUAAUUGUCGAACUACGUGGUGCUAAUUAUACCAAUAUUCUAAAGAUAAAACACAUGACGUCCAAAAAAUAAAAAUUCUAUUCUUAUUUAAUUGUCGAAAGUGUAUUACUACGGUUUCAAUAUUUUGACGUUCUUUAAGUAAUGUUUAGUUACUUAUAGUAUUCAAACAAGAACAAUAUAUAGUGUAUGCGCAAAGUAUUGUUGCUAUAGGAGAAUUGUUAAUGGAAAUCUCGAAAAUUUUUAUAUGAUAAGUUACUGCAAUUAAUUAUGCCAUGUAUUUAUGAUUCACUAUAUCAUGUACCUGAUUUGCAACUUACCGAUGCGUAAUGGAAAUACUUUGAGUGUAUAUUUUUAAUACUUGAAUGCAAUUCUUUUUUAGAAUUUACUGAACAUCAUGUAACAUGCAUUAUCAUUGAACAAACGCAAAAUUCAAGAAACUUUCACAAUAUGUUAUUAUACCAAAAAAGUAUUUUCAUUCUAAAAUAUAGCCGUGAAUCAUAGGGCGUAUUUUUUGGGUCAAUAUAUAGUCUUAAGAUUAUUAUUAAUUAUUCUUUUAACAGUAGUAGACCUUUAGUAGUUCCAAUGAUUAUUUAAUUUCGCGCAUAAUCAUACUAAUUUUGCUACUUAGUUAAUUAAGGUCAGCCUAAGUAAAGAUGUUCCAAGUGUCCUUAAAAUAUACAUACGUUUAGAUUUGUACGCGCACAAAUCGGAACACAGUUUUAAGCAAUACAAUGCUAAUCGCGGAAGAUAAUACAAUUUCUUUAUUUAUCCGAAUAAAACAAAUUCAUUAUUAUUAAAUAAAUAAAUUAUAAAUCGUAACAAAACAUUGAAAGUUACUAUUAUAUACAAUUGCGUCAUUUUGUUUCUCGUAAAGUUCAUUCGGACGUUAACUUUCCUUCAACGUUCGUAUGAUUUUAAUUGAAAGUAAUCGAAGAUCGUCAGACGAAACUGAAUAGCGAGUAAUAAUGAGAUUAUCCUGCAAAUUAUCAGGACGUAUAGCUAGCUUAAGAAUGUUUGUUUAUUGUGAAAGCCGUAAACAAUGGUUAGCCUUGGAAAAGAAAGUAUUCUUCGCGAAAAUAUAUGUUUACAAGUGAAAUGUAACGUCGAUCUCGAGAGACAGGGUAAAAUAUGUAUCACAAGAAACGCAAUUGCAACAGGUCUUCGAUGUUGUUGAACAAAAGGAUUUGCUGAGGAACCUCCAUCAUCCCCUAUUUGUUAAUCGUAUUUAUUAUACAACUCUUCGAGUCUUAAGUACUGUUCAUAUAUUAUCUCUUUGUAAGUUUUGUAAUAAAUGUCAAAAUAAAAGAAGAACGUGAAAAUGCA